AUGAGCGAACAAGUCGUCUAUUCCUCGUCCUUGCUGUUUGGAAAGCCGCCUCAAGAGGCAAUGGAGGCACUCAAGCUGCGCCACGCACAGUUGAAAACUAUUAACCACGAGCUUGCGGAAUGGUUUACCGCGUACGGCCGGCUCCGACUCCAGUAUGUUGACCAACUCAAGGCCCUUCUCAAGAAGGGAGACAGUCUGCUGACGAGCCUCGACAACCCAAAACUGCACAAUGCGACGGUUGACUCGCUUGGACUGGCCUCGCCAAUGUGGACAGGCGUUUUGAACAUAGUGCACAAAGAAGCCGAGCUACUGGACUCCAGCACCCGGAAGAUGGGAAGGGACAUGAUUGCACCGUUGAAAGUGUUUGGCCGCCACAAUGACUCGAAUUUAAUCGAAAUGGAUGAGCUGGUGGGUCUGGCUUCGUCAAUUUCGCAGAAAGAGGCCCACGGCGACGUAGAUGCCCUGAGAACCGAGUGGAGCGAGAGAGCGCCGUACUUUUUUGAGGUGUUCGAACGCUACGAUUACAACCGGCUUGUGCUCUUGAAGGAUGUGUUUUUAAAGUACCAGACCGACGUGAGCGACGUUCUAGACACUUUCAAAAAGCUAAACGAGACGGCACUAGAGCACACGCUGAGUUUCAAUCCGCCGGACGAGAUCCAGCGGUUUUCGGAGGCCGUCUCGGCAAAGACGCUGCCAAUUGAGCUGACCAAGGAGGCUCCUCCUACGAAAAAGGCCCAGGACAACGGUUUCACCACGACUCCGAAACCCUCGCACCGCAAAUCCCGGAUCCUCAGUCUCGCCAGCUCCAAGACUGAGCACUCGUCUCCAACGAAAUCGAGACAUCCGGCCGCUCCGUCUCCGUCCCCAGAGAAGAAACCAAAGGAAAAGCACGGUCUACGGUCCAAGUUUGGGACCAUGCUGCGCGGAGGCAGAAAGAAGAAGAGCGACGCCCAGAGCCUCAACAACACCGCCAUUGCAGAAAGCGAGCUCUCGUCCGUGGUUAGCAGCCCUGCGCCUGCUACGGAACGCAGCGAGCCAAGCGUAAGCGAGAGAGCCACUCCGCAGGCUUCCACUCCAGUCUCUGAGACUCCGCCAACCCAACAGCCCCUGGCAGAAAAGGUGCCGGAAAACGUUCCUGAAACUAUCCACGAGACUGCCCCUGCUUCUGCCGCGCUGGCCAACGGCUACCCGGCCAUGCAACCUACAAAGCGGUCCAAUUCGAUGGCCAGCGAGCUCACCAACAGCUCUUCCAUUCAGCCGUCCUAUAGAGGCUCCACCAGCUCUCUGGCCUUUGCUUCUGCAGGCACAGUUCCUACCACGGCUCCGGAACCCGUCCAGAAGACCGUUCCUGUGGUUGCUCCUCUCCCCGAGGCCGCUAUUGAGUCCAGUGCUGAGGCAGCGGCUCCGCCAGUGCCUUCCGCAAGAAAGCACACCUCGACAGACGUUGGUUUCGGUCCGAGACAGCCGCAUGGCUCCGCACCAGCUCCUCCACAGCAGCGUAGAAUCAGCACUCUUGGCAGCUCGUUGGAGCAGGCGCCAAUCGCACCAAAUGCUACCGGGUCCACGAUGUUGUCCAGAACUAACACCGGCACCGGUGGCCUGUCCAGCGGCCAGAUCCAUCACCCUAACCUCACGCAGCCCGGUUUGAAUGCGUCGGUCGUGGAGAUCUACAAUGCCUCAUUCAAAGACGGCCAGGUCACCGGGUCCAACGUGAUUGGCGAGAUCGCCUUCAGCUACCUGUUGGAUAAGAGCGUCCAAAAAAUUCCGUCCAAAAUCGAGCUCCAGGUGUCUUCGUCCGGAGCAUUGCCAAGUUUCAUGACCAAUCCGAUGUUUAUCCAGCAAAGCCAGCAACAGCCCAACUAUUUCACGAUCAUGGAUCCGUCGCAGAUUCAUUUGCGCACAGUGGGCGGGCUCAAGUACAUGCUGAAUAGCUCCAAACCCCCGAUCGUGGUGCAUCCUAUCUGGAAACACGAACAGAGCCAGUCGACGGUAAUCAUCUCCAUUAAGCCGGCCGACGAGCUGCUGCCUCUACUGGAGUCCGGUUCUAUUGAGCUCGCCAACCUCAUGGUGUCUGUGUCGAUCACCGGGGCGCAGGCGGCAUCUGCUGCUACCAAGCCGUCCGGGUCGUUCAAUAGAGAGAAAAAUAGAGUCAUGUGGAACCUGACGUCGACUCCGUUCGUGUUUUCGGCGUCGCACCAGGAAGAACGACUAAUUGCGCGGUUCAUGACCAACGGAGUCGCCAGAGAGGCCGACGCCGGUAUCCAGCUGCGGUUCACGAUCAACAGCGAGACGGGAGCUGAACUGGUCUCGAGACUGAACACCAACAUCAACAUAAAAGCGCUCGCCGACACCGCCGAGGACCCAUUCAGCUCCACAGAUCAUAUCGAGGAGGAAUGGAGCCCCGUCACGACGCUCCAGACGAUAAUCGCCGGCAGCUACUCGGGACAUGCUUAG